CGCUCACUCACAUCAGGGAGACUUCUUCAAGUGGGAGACUUCCAUGCGCCUUGGUGCAAGUCUUUUUAUUGGCGCACUCAAACGAAGGGUUUCGAAUUUGCUCCCGAUUUGUGGUGUGAAAAUCAUCGCCGAUUACAUGCGGCCUUGGCUUGGUACCUUGCCUUGCCGUCGCCUCGGACCCCGCAGAUUCACCUUGAUACGAUACCACCACACCACGUCUCUUUACAUUUGCCGUGCCUCCUCAGCACCUCCUGUAUUGACCUACCAGUAACAUAAAUAUUACCUUCUUGCUCAAACCCAAUCUUACACUCUUUUGCCUAAAGUCUUCUUCACGUAAAAUUGCAGUCUCAUCCGCGCAACCAUAGACCGAGUAGCCAUCCCCCGCAUUAAUUCUACCUCCUUAAGCAUCAGUAAGCUUCUCGAAUGCGCUCAUCACUCCACCCACUUGCCAAGUCAAUAGCGCUUACAUGACCACAGCAUCAUAUCAUCAAUCAAUACUAUCCCAGCACGAACAGGCGAAAGAUGUCAGACUUUGCCAACCUCCUCCAAGACCUUGUGCGAGUCUCCGAUAACCAGGAAGUACGUCACGAGACUUGGGGUUUUACAAUCUACCGCACUGCCUAUACCGGUUCGCAAGACGAUCAAAGAUGGGAUAUGCUCAUCGAUGCUAUUACAUCCUCGGUCUAUAAUGCGAUUAUGACGAGUCCGGAGGGCAUUUCUGGCUCAAACAAUGAGGAGGCGCAAUUACUGUGGUCUCUAUUCAACGUCGACCUAAAAGUCAAUUCAACGCUGAAGGACCUUGAUAUGGAUGACUUGCGCAAGACCCACCAAGAAGGAGGUUCUCAGAACGGAAGAGGAUGCUUCCUACUGGUUGAUCAAGAGGUUUUAACAGAUGUUGAUGGGAAAGGCGAUUAUUGGAUAAAGUGUGUACAAGCAGACUACAAAGCCAGUGAUUAUGUUCCCAGGAACUCACGAGUCACACAACGGUAUUUUGGCUGGUUGAAGGUAAAGAUAGAGAAAACUUUUGAGUUGUGGGAGAAAUUGGUAAUGUUUGGGGAGUUGGAAAGGAUUGCGCCACCUACGAUUGGUGGAGUGCAGGUGAUUUGGGACGGAGAUUCUUCGAUGUGAUUUGGCGUCUGAGGAUCGCAAAUGUAUCACUUCAUCGCGGCGCGUAUUUAUUUGGGGUUUAAUCAGAUAUCAGGAGUAAAAGUCAUUGUGAUCCAAGAGCUAUCCACUGAAAGAAUUUCACCAGAGGUUGAGAAAAUCCUGCUUGCUGAAGAUGUCUUGAAUCAUAUGCGAAUGUUAAAGUACAGUAGAAAUCGGGAGUCAAAGACGUCU